GGAUGAGGACACACGACGAAGGUGCAGAUUAACCGCUCUGCACAGUUCGCAGCCACACGCUUUAUUUGGUGACAUGAAGAAACAAUGAGAUGGCUUUCAAAAGCAAAGCGGUCGACUCGAAGACUGUAUUGUCCAACCUGCUGCUGUGUUUGCUCAUCUUCUACUCUCUCUUCUACAUGAUAGGAAGCAUUUGCUUUGGUGUCUUCAGGUUGGAUCACUUUGAUGGCUUGAUACCAUUUGACUUUAGAACCACACUUGAGGACUCCACAUCUAAAUAUUUGGUGAACCUCCUGUCUUUGGAGCUCACGUACUUCAGUAGCGGCCUUCUGUUUGCCGCUGUGGUGAAGAGGCGAGUGUGGGACUAUGCCGCCACAGUCACUAUCCUGCAUGUCUUCAUUACGAGCCUUGUAAUGCUGGAGUUUCCACUGGCAUGGCAGUGGUGGUUGGCCUUAGGUAGCGGCUUGUUUCUGAUGAUCUGCAAUGGCCAGCUGAUCGCUUACUUCACCUGCCCAGAUGAAAAAAGCUACGUUGCUUUUACCAUCUAUUAAGUGGCGGGGCUCUACCAUAGUGAUAGGGUGAGAAAAUCCGUCAUCCGGGAGGAGCUCGAAGUAAAGCCACCGCUCCUUCACAUUGAGAGGAGCCAGAUGAGGUGGUUUGGGCAUCUGGUCAGGAUGCCACCCGAACGCCUCCCUAGGGAGGUUUAGGGCACGUCCGACCGGUAAGAGGCCACGGGGAAAACCCAGGACACAUUGGGAAAACUAUGUCUCCUGGCUGGCCUGGGAACGCCCCGGGAUCUCCCGGCAGGAGAUGGAUGAAGUGGCUGGGGAGAGGGAAGUCUGGGCUUCUCUGCUUAGGCUGCUGCCCCCGCGACCCGACCUCGGAUAAGCGGAAGAAAAUGGAUGGAUGGAUGGAAUAAGUGGCUUCAUUGGUUAUAGGACCCUUUUUUUUGCACCGCUGUGUAUGUCAACACCACAGGGACAUGAUCAUAUAGUAUCUGUUAAUGUACCCGUAAAAGCUGGGAAUGUUGCAAUACUUGUAUAUUUUAAAUAAAGAAUACACAUUGGAUGUUUUCAUAAUAUUUUAUUCCUAAAAGUGCCACACACAAUGUGAUCAUUUGAUUUAUGGUAUAGAAAAAUACUUAUUUUUUUUACAAGCACAGUAUAUUUAUGAAACUAUGCGCACUCAGUUGAAUUCAUGUACAGGAACCAUGCAAAAACUUGGCCAGCCCAGUACUCUUGGCACCUGUCAAUCAUGGAGGCAGGCAGAGGCUUUAGCUUGAACUCGGGGUCAAUGAAAAAGGACUUGUCUGCAAAGAGAGAAACGUUCAAUAAAGUAAAUAAA